AUGGUGCAGGACACCAAGGCAGAGAGGCCGCCAAACCAAGACUAUGAUCUCUCAGCACCUAUAUCCUCAAACUCGGGGCUUCGACAAGGACUCACGUCCUAUGGGGAUGCACACUUCUCUCUCUUUCUCAGAAAAGUCUUCAUAAAGGCACUAGGAUACUCGGAAGAUGCCCUCUCUCGCCCCAUCAUUGGCAUCAUUAACACCUUUUCCGGGUUCAAUCCCUGCCAUGCGAACGUGCCCCAGCUGAUUGAGGCUGCUAAGCGUGGUGUCCAGCUCAAUGGGGGACUCGCAAUUGAGUUUCCCACGAUCAGCGUCCACGAGUCGUUCUCCUAUCCAACCAGUAUGUUCCUGCGCAAUCUGAUGAGCAUGGACACGGAAGAAAUGAUCCGUGCCCAGCCGCUCGAUGCGUGCAUUAUGAUCGGGGGCUGCGAUAAGACGGUUCCCGCGCAACUUAUGGGUGGCAUUUCAGCGAACAAACCAAUACUGCCGCUUGUAACGGGUCCAAUGAUGCCAGGAAGCCAUCGUGGAGAAAGAUUAGGUGCUUGUACCGAUUGCCGGAACAACUGGGCGGCUUUCCGCGCGGGCGACAUGGACAUUGAGGAGAUUUCAGCUAUCAAUGAGGAGCUCGCGCCAACAAUCGGUACCUGUGGCGUGAUGGGAACUGCGAGUACAAUGGCAUGCAUUACUGCAGCUCUGGGGUUGAUGCCCCUGCGAGGUGCUUCUGCGCCCGCUGUGUCGUCCGCGCGACUCAGAAUCGCCGAGGAGACAGGAGCGAAUGCUGUGUCAGUGGCACUUGCUAAGCGGAAACCACAAGAAGUUUUGUCGAAAGAAUCCUUUCUUAAUGCGAUCACAGUCAUCCAGGCCAUUGGAGGCUCGACGAAUGCGGUGGUACAUCUGAUGGCCAUUGUUAAUCGCCAUCCAAAGCUUCAAGGCGUCAUAACAUUGGACACAUUCACAGAAAUCGGAAAUAGGACGCCCCUGCUGAUUGAUCUAAAGCCAAGUGGCGACAAUUAUAUGAAUGACUUUCAUAACGCUGGAGGCAUGGUGGCACUGCUGCACACCCUUCGCCCACUUCUACACCUGUCAGCUAUGACGAUUACCGGUCAGACUCUAAAAGAAGUCCUAGACUCGUCUCCAUUUCGCACAUUUCCCCUCUCGCAGCAGAUUAUUCGCCCGUUAUCCGACCCUCUUUAUCCUUCAUCAUCCCUUGUUGUCGUGAAAGGGAACAUCGCUCCCAAUGGUGCAAUCAUGAAAGCUUCAGCGUCCAAAGACCGCAAUCUCCUCUCCCAUAGAGGACCGGCUGUUGUCUUUGAGAGCUCUGAAGACAUGGCUAGACGGAUUGAUGAUCCAAAUCUCGAAGUAACCAAAGACUCAGUGCUGGUGCUAAAGGGAAUAGGUCCCAUUGGCAAUCCUGGCAUGCCGGAAGCUGGCCUUAUUCCUAUACCGCGCAAGCUCGCUUCUGCAGGUGUCAAAGAUAUGCUGCGACUCUCUGAUGGGCGCAUGUCAGGCACAGCUGGAGGUACUAUUGUUCUUCACAUCUCGCCAGAAUCGGCUUUGCCUGAGUCUCCCUUUGGGGUGAUCGAGACUGGCGAUCUAAUUUCUUGCGAUGUUGAAAAGGGCGAACUUCAUUUGGAGAUUUCUGACAAUGAUCUGAAUUCCCGUAUCGACGCACGAAUGAGGAAUACUUCUGAUGCAGUUGUAGCUUCGUCAGAAAGACAACGCAGAAGAGGCUAUCGUGGUUUGUAUGAGAGAUCGGUGAAUCAGGCGCAAGAUGGAGCCGAUUUUGACUUCCUCACAGCGGCGGGGCCACCCGAAUCCAGUAUGUAG